GCUCUCGGAUUCGGCGUCUCGCUUCGCUCCUCGUCGUACCAUCAGCGUCGCAUGCUAGUUGAAACCUAUGAUCGCGCUACCUUAUGGCUGCAGAAGCCAGCUCCAAGAGCGACAGAGCGUCUUCCAUUCGGAAAGUCAGCUUCAACAAACCUGGCACGUCCUCCUUCCCCAGCAACGUGGCAAUCAACAGUCUCGACCCGCGCGAAAUUCUAACGGAUUUCCUUCCUACUGGCAACCGCACGCCGAUGUCGUUUCUUCGCUCCGCGCGAUGCACGGCGGCUGAGGUGCUCUGCACGUCCGCGCACAUUGUCCGCGUGCUCAGCUCCCUCCUCCUCCUCUUCCGCGCGCUUGCUGCUCUCGCCGCCUGCAAACUCGCCUUAGCGUUCCUCCUUCCGCCCCUCCGCAUUGCCCGGCGAAUCGUGAGAUUCGUGUGCUUCAUCGAGACUUGGCUCUCUAAAGUCGUACGUGGUAUUGAGACGUACAGUAAGGUUCAUAUGUCAGAGCAGAGGGACGAAAAUACGCUGAAUGCGAUUUGUGCAGGGGCUAGCGGGAGCGGUGAGCAACUGGGCGGCAAAGAAUGGGCGGCAUGGGAUCAGUUCAGGUUGUCGUCGUCGUCGCUAGGCGACAAAUGCUCGCCGGGUCGGCUGUGGGACGAGGAGAACAUGAAGAGAUGGGUGGAGGAGGCGAGAGCCGUGGCGAUGAUCGCCACUGCAGUUGGUGAAGAGGACCUUGUAACAAAAAAGGAUGGUGAUAGUCUCAGAUGGAGUAAGAAGACUGUCGCAGCGGUUAGGCCUGGCGAGCCAGACGCACUGGAGAGCGACGCCUUGCGACGCCAGCUCCAACAGGCGCAAGCGACGUGCGACGACCUGCGACAAGAGCUGGAGCAAGAGUGGGUUUUGAGCGACAGUCUGCGACGGGAGCUGGAGCAGGAGCGUGCGGCGGCGGACAGCGCUGCGAUGGCGAGCAUGGAGUCGAUCCGACGGCUGCAAGACGACAAAGCUGCCAACCAGCUAGCCGCCCGGCAGAGAGAGAGGAUUUUAGUGGAGAAAGCGCGGUAUGAGGAGGAGGAGGUGGAGGGUUUAAGGGCGGAGGUGGAGAGGCAAGGCGAAGAGAUCCUACUUCUGCGCGAACAGGUCACCGCUUUCGCCAUUUUCCGUGAGGUUACCACUGCGACGGAAGACGGUUGUGCGGAGACAGGGGGUUAUUGCAGCGAGGGUGUGGAAGAAGAGGAUGCGAGGAGUAUAGUGGAGUUCACUGUCGUAGGCAGAGACGGGGCAGAAGGUCGAGGAGGGGAAGAGGGUAAGGAAGGGAGAGAUAAGGUGCCCGAUGGAGAAGGAGGGGAUGAGGAGGGAUCGGAGAAAGGGGCGCGCAUUCACAACGUUAGCGAGGAGGAGGACGGGCUUCGCAACGGUAGUGACAGCGUUGAGUGUGACAACGUCCAGUGUGACAGUGCGAGGAAAGAGGAGGAAGAAGCGCCACAAUGGGGCAAGAAAGGAGGGUAUUCUCUUAUGAAGCAGUGGCAGGGUGGGCUGGAGUGGGGGACAGUCCCAGGAGAAGCAGCGGCACUGCACCAGCUAUUGGCGUUUCCACAGGAAAUAGACCAACUGUGCACGUCUUCACGGGAAACGAGUGCACUCUUAGCGGAGUUACUCGAAGCUCCGCUGGGCGUGGCAGGCGACGCUGUCUCCCUGUCGCACGCUCUUCGCAGUCUUCUCACGCCCUUCCUCCCCGCAGCCCACGCUGCAGAUGCCGGUCUGCUGGGCCCUGCUGCCCUGCUUGCCCCUGCUGCCCUGCUUGCCCCUGCUGCUACUGCUGGCCUUGGUGCUGCAACUGGUGCUGCUGAUUGUGCUGCUGGUUGCGGUGCUGCUGGUUGUGCUGGUACGUUGACUGGGGUUGCUGACAGUCGUGGAAACCCACAGAAGGUGGGAGAGGGAUGUUUAGAGAGUGCUACCAGUAUUACAAGCUGAGGUGGGUGAGCUGGCCCUUUCCUCAAGGGUGGCUGUUUAGGUAGGGUAUUACCCAUAGGCAUUGUAGACAUU